GCGGUUUGGUCUGGAGCAGCUGAAACCGGUUUGAGCGCAGCCGCUUUCUGCAGCCGGGCGACGCCGCGGGCCACCUUGGGGAGCGCUGGCGAGGCGCGGACGCCCGGAGCCCGGCAGCUCGGCCCGGGGCACUCGCUCUCGGGCGCGGCGGCGGGGACCCGCGGACGCGGACCCGGCAGCACAACAUCCUCAAAUCCGUCAGAAUGACACCUUCUCAGGUUACCUUUGAAAUAAGAGGAACUCUGUUUCCAGGAGAAGUUUUUGCUAUAUGUGGAAGCUGUGAUGCUUUGGGAAACUGGAAUCCUCAAAAUGCUGUGGCUCUCCUUCCAGAGAAUGAGACAGAUGAAAGCAUGUUUUGGAAAGCAACCAUUAUACUCAGUAGAGGAGAAUCAGUUCAGUAUCGCUACUUCAAAGGGUGCUUUUUAGAACCAAAGACUAUCGGUGGUCCAUGUCAAGUCAUAGUUCACAAGUGGGAGACUCAUCUACAACCACGAUCAAUAACCCCUUUAGAAAGUGAAAUUAUUAUUGACGAUGGACAAUUUGGAAUCCACAAUGGUGUUGAGAAUUUGGAUUCGGGAUGGCUGACGUGUCAGACUGAAAUAAGAUUACGUUUGCAUUAUUCUGAAAAGCCUCCUGUCUCUAUAACCAAGAAGAAAUUUAAAAAAUCUAGAUUUAGAGUGAAGCUGACACUAGAGGGUCUGGAGGAAGAUGAUGAUGAUAGGGUUUCUCCCACUGUUCUUCACAAAAUGUCCAAUACCCUGGAGAUAUCCUUGAUAAGCGACACUGAGUUCAAGUGCAAGCAUUCACAGCCGGAUUGUGGGUAUGGCUUACAGCCUGAUCGUUGGACAGAAUAUAGCAUACAGACAAUGGAACCAGAUAAUUUGGAACUAAUAUUUGAUUUUUUUGAGGAAGAUCUCGGUGAACAUGUAGUUCAGGGUGAUACUCUUCCUGGACAUGUGGGUACAGCAUGCCUCUUAUCAUCUACCAUUGAUGAGAGUGGGAAAAGUGCUGGAGUCCUCACUCUUCCUAUCAUGAGCAGAAAUUCCAGACAAACAAUAGGCAAAGUAAGAGUUGACUAUAUAAUUAUUAAGCCAUUACCGGGAUACAGUUGUGACAUGAAAUCUUCAUUUUCCAAGUAUUGGAAGCCAAGAACACCAUUGGAUGUUGGACAUCGAGGUGCGGGGAAUUCUACAACAACUGCUAAGCUUGCUAAAGUUCAAGAAAAUACUAUUGCUUCUUUAAGAAAUGCUGCUAGUCAUGGUGCAGCCUUUGUGGAAUUUGAUGUACAUCUUUCAAAAGAUUUUGUGCCUGUGGUGUAUCAUGACCUUACCUGUUGUUUGACUAUGAAAAAGAAAUUUGAGGCUGAUCCGGUUGAAUUAUUUGAAAUUCCAGUAAAGGAAUUAACAUUUGACCAACUCCAGUUGUUAAAGCUUACUCAUGUGACUGCACUAAAAUCUAAAGAUGUAAAAGAAUCUGUGGUUGAAGAAGAAAAUUCUUUAUCUGAUAAUCAGCCAUUUCCUUCUCUUAAGAUGGUUUUAGAGUCUUUGCCAGAAGAUGUAGGGUAUAACAUAGAAAUAAAGUGGAUCUGCCAACAAAGGGAUGGAGUGUGGGAUGGUAACUUAUCAACAUAUUUUGACAUGAAUCUGUUUUUGGAUAUCAUUUUAAAAACUGUCUUAGAAAAUUCUGGAAAGAGAAGAAUAGUGUUUUCUUCAUUUGAUGCAGAUAUUUGCACAAUGGUUCGGCACAAGCAGAAUAAAUAUCCCAUAUUAUUUUUGACUCAAGGAAAGUCUGAUAUUUACCCUGAACUCAUGGACCUCAGAUCUCGGACAACUGCUAUUGCAAUGAGUUUUGCACAGUUUGAAAAUCUACUGGGGAUAAAUGCACAUACUGAAGAUCUGCUCAGAAACCCAUCCUACAUUGAAGAGGCAAAAGCUAAGGGACUAGUCAUAUUCUGCUGGGGUGAUGAUACCAACGACCCGGAAAACAGGAAGAAAUUGAAGGAAUUUGGAGUUAAUGGUCUAAUUUAUGAUAGGAUAUAUGAUUGGAUGCCUGAACAGCCAAAUAUAUUCCAAGUGGAGCAGUUGGAACGCCUGAAGCAAGAAUUGCCAGAGCUUAAGAGCUGUUUGUGUCCCACUGUUAGCCACUUUGCUUCCUCAUCUUUGUGUGAGGAGCCUGGUAUCCAUGUGGAUGCCAACGGCAUUGAUAGCAUGGACAGUGCUUAGUUUUUACGGGGCAGAGGCCAUCUGGGGGCAUGCACUGCUGUUCUGGGUAUUCACUUUUCAUGAGCAUUGUUUAUCUAUGCCUUUUAGUUUCUCAGUCCAAUGAAGCAAUAAUGAAGUAUUUUACUGUUUCACUACAGUUCUUGCUAGAAUUUCAAGUAUGCUAUUUAAAUCACUUGGCCAGGUAUAAUUACCAGUCAGCCUCUUUACAAUGAGAAAAUGUAUUGGUUGGUAAAUAUUUUAAACUAUAUAUGUAAGUGGAUAAUGUUAAACAAAUGUCCAUUAAAAUCAUAGCACUUUGAAAUUAACUCUAUAAAUAUCUCAUAUUUACUCUUCUUACAGUUUUUCAUUCAAUCAGGUCUGAAAUAUUUAGCACUUGAGGAACAUGACUAUGCAUAAUUAUACCUGACCAUGGGAAAAAUAAGUACCUCAAAUGCAUGCAUUUGCACUGGUGAUUCCAACUGCACAAAUCUUUGUGCCAUCUGUGUAUAUAUGUAUUUUUUACAUGGACUGACAUGCACAUCUACCAUUUUCAUUCAGUAUGAACCUUGAGGCUGCUGCCGUUUUUCCAUUUAACCAAACCAAUGCCUGUGUAAACAGCCUAGAGGUGAUCCUUGAAAACUUGUUUCACAAAUUGUUUUGCAUAAAUGUUAAAAUUUUUUAAAUGCUGCAGGGUAAUUUAAUGUAUAAAAUGUUAGAAGAAGUAUGUAUUGCAUACUUAGUAGAGUAGAUCAUUAUGUGUAAAUUCUACUUAAUGCAUGCUUUAGGUUUUAAGCAUGAGAUUGUACACGUUUACCGUAAGUCCUUGCAUCUGUGGUGCUAGGUAAGUGUGAGAAGGUGUCAAGGACUGAAAAUAAAUACUUUGUUGCCUAAAAAAAGGGCCUGUUUGCAGGCAUUUAAAAUAUGCUUAUUUUAGGUCUCUCUCACUACCUACUACACACCGUUGCUUUAUGGGUUUGUUUUGUGUGUGUGUGUGUGCUGUGUGUGUUGUACAGUAGUUAAAUCUCCUUGCAAAACAAUAAAUGUCCUGAAUUCUCAUAUUGGUAUUCUUUAUUGAUUAAUGUAUAUCAUGCAUGUAAUUUAUUUAGAAAUGUAGAAGAUCCGACUAAAUGUAUAGGCAUGUUUUGAGAGUUAUGCUAAGGAUUCUUUCAUUAGAAGCUGAUUGUUUUUGGCAUAACUGUAAUUUAAGAAUGAAUGUUAAAUAAAACGCACAGAAUUAUUUUCUUCAAUAUAAAUUGAAAUUGCAAGAAGGUGUUACUUUUGUAGAAUUGGUUCUAUAAUAUUAUGAGAAAUUGGAAUUUAGAGUCUACCCUAAAGAGAUGUCUUAUUUCCAUCUACCUUUUACUGCAUGUUCUUCACUAGACAGUUUAUUCAUGUAUUGACAUAUUUUGGUAGUAGCUGCAGACCUAAGACUUGAAUUACACAUUGUAUCUUUUUAUUUUUUAAGCCAAGCAAUGCAAUUUUGGUCAGAUCUUAAUUGUGUGAAGAUGGGCUUUGAAAUUGUAUGGUAUUGUGUUUGUAACACUGAUAUUUAAUGGAAAAUAGUUUCAGAAAAUGGAGUCUUCUGCCAGGGCUCUAAGUAUUUUUCCCCCACAUUGAGUGAGAUUCUCCAACAUUUUGGUGUGUAUUAGGUGCCUUUAGAAAACUCCUUAAAAAAUUUUUUUUUGUUGUUUUCCUCACCUGCAGACUUGUACAAUACAAUUACCGUCACUUUGUGGUAACUUGAUUAGCCGAAUGUGUGCAUUUCUAGUCCUGUUCAUUGGCUCCUCCCCUGUGCCUUUCACGUUCCAGCUCCACUUUGAAAACUUGCAGAUCAUAAAAGGGAAAAAUGGGGGAAGGAGGAGAGGCGAUGUGGGUUAGGGGGUUUCCUGAACAGUGUAAUUUUUAAAAAAUACAUAUUUUUAUUGAUUUCAGAGAGGAAGGGAGAGGGAGAGAGAGAAACAUCAAUGAUGAGAGAAAAAUCAUUUUUCAGCUGCCUCCUGCACUCCCCCUACUGGGAAUUAAGCCCGCAACCCUCGCAUGUGCCCUUGACUGGAAUCGAAUCCAGGACCCUUCAGCCUGCAGGCUGAUGAGCCAAACCAGCUAGGGCUGAACAGUAUAAUAUGCUGAGAAGAGCUCAUAGCCUCACUGCUCACUUUCCUGUAGAUGAUUAAAGCAUAGCAAGCAGUGUCUCCCCUUUAUUCUAGGACUAAGUCCAGGCUUUAUCACUUGCUUUGCCCUGUGCACUCUGCUCCAGCCACACACUGUAUCUGUGCUAGGCCCUGGCCACAUCAUGCUCCCUGUCGGAAGCCUUGUGCCCUCUGCUGCCCACAAACACCUUCUCCUUGCCAGAUUCAUUUCUCCUUGAGCCAUCGACCUCUCUGCCCUGAGCCUUUGCGAAGCUCCUUCAGAAGGGAUGAAUCUGUCUCCUGGACUCGAGCCGUGUGGUUGUACCUGGGUCAUGUGCAUCACAGGACAUUGUGGGUAGGCGCAGUUGAUGUUUGCCUCACCUACCAGGAUGCGGACUCUUCCAGGGCAGGAGCUUAUCUUACUCAUUUUUAUUUCCACAGUAAGUGGAACAUAGAAAACAAAUGUUGGAAUUAUUGAGAUAAUAUAAUUCAUAGCAAAUGUCCUCUUGAAUUAAGAGAUUUAGUUAUGUUCACUAAGAAUGUAAACUUGGAAUUGACUUACAUUUUAACAAUUGGAAUGGUUUAUUGAUGUCAUAGAGGUAUAAUGUUGAAUUAUUUUAUGGUUUCUGGAAAUUGAGUGCAAUGUCUGAUAAAGUGCCACCAUUCUUUGGUAUUUCCUAUUCUCUGGAAUUAUGUACUGUAACCGAUGGAUGUAAGUGUGAGGAAUACAGCUCAUUCUGUGUCAGUAGUGCCUGGGGGCUGCCAUGGCCACCCUUUACCUCACUCCCUUCUUCCUUAUGACGCCUGUCUUCCCCUCCACAUCCCAUGUGUACGCCUACCUCAGCCCCCUGUCCUUGUUGGAAAUGCCUUCUGUCUUCCUCCUGUGUCCAGCUCAGGUGCCACCUACUCCAUAGAACUUUCCUCAGCUUUUAAUCAGAAUCAUGAUGCAAACAAAUGCAGGCAGCCUCAAGCUCACUACUUCAUUUUGCAGCUGAGGUAACAAACCCAGAGAAGUUAACUGACCAUGUUGGGACUGGAACUGGGUUAUGGGACUACGCUGUCUUCGUAAACUAUGCUGCCUUCUGAGUUCUUGUGGCCUUUGUUAGCAUAUGCUUUCUAAAGUCCAACUUCUUAUGUGCCUGUUAUUUUCCUGAUAAGAUUGUAAGCCCCUUAAGGGCAGGGAUUUCUUUGCAUUUCCAGCACUACUGUAGUGUUCUAUACUUAGUUAUGAACUAGAUAAAUAAAUGGCGGUGGCAACAA